GCGUGAGUCUGGUGACGUCACGACGCUACACGGAAGUGAGUGUGGGACAGUGAAGGCAGCCAGUCAUGGCUCGCGCGUUGCUCCUCGCGGCUCUCGGCGUGCCUCGGUUCGGCGGGAGCGGGCCUCUGCUCUCCGCUCGACGGUUCUGCUCCGAGCCGCUGACGGUGAGACGGCAGGAGGCCGGAAUCAGGAGGAUCAUUUUAAACAACCCAAAGAAGAGGAACGCCCUGUCUCUGUCCAUGCUGGAAUCGCUCCGGGAAAACAUCCUGACGGACGUGGACGGCGAGGAUCUGCGAGUGAUCGUCAUAUCAGCUGAAGGUCCCGUGUUUUCCUCUGGACACGACCUGAAGGAGCUGACGUCGCUUCAGGGCCGGGAAUAUCACGCUAAGGUGUUUCACACCUGUUCAGAGGUGAUGACUUUGAUACAGGACGUCCCUGUUCCGGUGAUUGCCAUGGUGAACGGCGUCGCCACGGCGGCCGGGUGCCAGCUUGUUGCCUCUUGUGACAUCGCCGUGGCAACAGACAAGUCCAGCUUCGCCACUCCUGGUGUCAACGUCGGCCUUUUCUGCUCGACGCCGGCGGUGGCCAUCGGCAGAGCCGUGCCGAGGAAGGUUGCCAUGGAGAUGUUGUUCACAGGAAGUCCUAUUUCAGCCCAGGAAGCUCUGCUGCAUGGUCUUAUUAGCAAGGUGGUGCCAGAGGAGCGCCUGGAGGAGGAGACGCUCGCCAUCGCCCAGCGGGUGUGUCGGGCUAGCCGGCCCGUGGUCGCUCUCGGCAAGGCCACCUUCCAAAGGCAAAUGGCUCAAGGCAGAGACGCAGCGUACGCCACGGCGUCCAAGGUGAUGGUGGACAACCUGGCCCUGAGAGACGGACAAGAAGGGAUCCGAGCCUUCUUAGAAAAACGCCAGCCUGUUUGGAGCCAUAAGACGGAGAAAGCCCCCCCCUAACCCUCUGAAGACAUGAUCCACACCAAUCCUGCCAAAUCAGUGCAUCAGAGAAGCUUUGUGGAUCUCCAAAAAAGUCUAGCAUGAUCUAAACCAAAACAUCCAAGAAGAUGAGGAGUCACUGAUUUCUAAUGAAUGCUGCUUCGGUGGACUUUGACUGAACUGACUGGAGGUUUUGGGAAUCUGUAGCUUUUAGAACAUCUUAUUUGUAGAUAUUCUUUCGAUUUUCUUUAAUGAAGAAAAUACUUUGGAUGUUUUUUUUUCCUUAAUUAAUCAUGUCAUUUGGAAUUUGCAGAACUCUUAAUCACAGUUUAACACACUUUAUAUGCAUUUAAUUGCUGUGAAAUACUGAAUUGGUAUUUAAUUUAACAGUAAAAAAAUCAUUUGUGCAUUAAAUACAAAUUUCUGUUUUUAUUGA